GCGCACGGAGGCGUGUGCGCUUUCCGCUUCGGUCGGUCGCGCUCGUCUCCCGCCGCGGCGAAGCGGUUGCGGCUGCUGGGCGGGGGCGCCGGGGACGCCGCUCUCGAGCCGUUCGUGGCGCGCGCCCUGGCCUUGCGCGGCGGAGCCGCUUCGGAGGGGCGCGCGAGGCGAUCGGCGGCCGCGCCGCGUCGCAGGGCGGCAGCCAGGCAGGGGGAACGGCGGGCCGGAGCGGACCGGGCUGAGGAGCGGAGCGGACCGGACCGGGCUGAGGAGCGGCGGGCGGCGGGAUGAGGCCGAGAGGGCUGUGGGUGCUGGUGCUGCUGCUGGGGCUGGCGCAGAUCGCCCUCCUGGCGCGGGGCGCGGCGGCCGAGGAGGAGGAGGACGACGACGACGGAGAAUCUGUUACAAAAGAAGCUGACAAUGACAGUGACGAUGACGACGACGAUGAUGACGAUGAUGAUGAUGAUUCUGGAGUUAAAGAAGAAAAUGGUGUAUUAGUCUUGAAUGAUGCAAACUUUGACACCUUUACUGCAGACAAGGACACUGUGCUGUUGGAGUUCUAUGCACCAUGGUGUGGGCAUUGCAAGCAGUUUGCUCCUGAAUAUGAAAAGAUAGCCAAAACUCUGAAGGAAAAUGACCCUCCUAUUCCAGUUGCCAAAAUAGAUGCUACUGCAGCCACUUCGCUAGCAAGUCGUUUUGAUGUCAGUGGCUACCCAACCAUCAAAAUCCUGAAAAAAGGCCAACCUGUUGACUAUGAUGGUUCUCGAACGGAAGAUGCAAUUGUGGCCAAAGUCAAGGAGGUUUCAGACCCCAGUUGGACCCCUCCACCAGAUGCUACGCUGGUAUUGACCCAGGAUAAUUUUGAUGACAUUGUGAAUGGUGCUGACAUAAUCCUGGUGGAGUUCUAUGCCCCAUGGUGUGGACACUGCAAAAGGCUUGCUCCAGAAUAUGAGAAGGCUGCCCAAGAGCUCAGCAAGCGCACACCUCCUAUUCCCCUGGCUAAAGUUGAUGCUACUGCUGAAACUGAGCUUGCAAAGAAGUUUGAUGUUACUGGCUACCCAACUCUGAAAAUAUUCCGCAAGGGCAAACCUUAUGACUACAAUGGUCCACGGGAAAAAUAUGGUAUUGUUGACUACAUGAUUGAACAGGCUGGUCCUCCAUCCAAACAGAUUCAGGCUACCAAGCAGGUACAGGAAUUUCUGAGAGAUGGGGAUGAUGUCAUUAUCAUUGGUGUCUUUAGUGGAGAGAAUGACAAAGCCUAUCAGCUCUAUCAGGAAGCAGCUAAUGGUUUAAGAGAAGAUUACAAGUUCCAUCACACCUUCAGCAAUGAGAUUGCAAAACUACUGAAAGCAUCUCCAGGAAAAGUGGUUGUCAUGCAGCCAGAGAAAUUUCAGUCAAAGCACGAGCCCAAGAUGCACGUUUUGGAUCUUAAACAGGACUCUACAGGUGGAUUGGAGAUUAAAGAGCAUGUGCUAAAGCAUACUUUGCCUCUAGUUGGUCAUCGCAAGCCUUCCAAUGAUGCUAAAAGAUAUGCUAAACGUCCUCUAGUGGUUGUCUAUUAUUCUGUAGACUUUAGUUUUGACUAUCGUGUUGCUACGCAGUACUGGAGAGGCAAAGUCCUGGAAGUGGCCAAAGACUUCCCUGAAUAUGUGUUUGCUGUUUCUGAUGAGGAAGAUUAUUCUUCUGAAAUAAAAGAUUUGGGCCUGCUCGAGAGUGGAGAGGAUGUCAAUGUCGCCAUUCUGGAUGAAGGUGGCAAGAAAUAUGCCAUGGAGCCAGAAGAGUUUGACUCUGAUGUACUCAGGCAAUUUGUGCUGGCAUUCAAAAAAGGAAAACUGAAGCCUAUUGUGAAGUCCCAGCCAGUGCCAAAAAAUAACAAAGGGCCUGUGAAAGUGGUAGUGGGUAAAACUUUUGAUACCAUAGUAAUGGAUACAAAGAAUGAUGUUCUCAUAGAGUUCUAUGCCCCAUGGUGUGGACACUGCAAGAAACUAGAACCAGUGUAUACUGAGCUAGGCAAAAAAUACAAGAAUGAGAAAAAUCUGGUCAUAGCCAAGAUGGAUGCUACUGCCAACGAUGUGACGAGUGAUCGCUACAAAGUGGAGGGAUUCCCCACUAUCUACUUUGCUCCGAGGGACAAGAAGAACAACCCUAUUAAAUUUGAAGGCGGGGACAGAGAUUUAGAGCAGUUGAGCAAAUUUAUAGAGGAGCAUGCGACAAAACUCUCCACAACAAAAGAAGAGCUUUAGAUAAAAUGAGGGUUGUGAAGAAAAAUUGUACAUUGUAGUUAAAAGCAAGUUACUGACAAAACUUCAUGAGAGAAGAAUUAAGCAGUUUGAGCAAGGAAAUUCUUGAGCAGUAAAGCAAUUGCAGUAUCUUUUUUUUAUAUGGCAGAAGAGUUUUUCUGGACACUGAACUUCUCUGAUAUGAAUGUCUUACGUUAGUUAUCGUUUUGAUCUUUGGAGAAAAAUACAUCCUUUAUUUUUUGUGACUA